UUUCCCCCUUUAAAAUAACUCUAACAGGCAAAAACCAAUUCCCUUCCUCUUCUUUCUCAUUUUCCCCUUUCCCUACUACUUCCCUACUACCUCCUCGCUGAAAAACAAGACAAAAAACCUCCACCACCAACUACAGUAACUGAAAAAAAAAAAAAAAAAAACAAAAAAAAAAAACCAACAAAAACCAAAAACCAAAACCCAGCCCCUAAGAAAAAACUGAACACCCCCAGAAUUCUGAGCUGUCUUUCCGGGGAAGACUGCGCGCAAGAGCGUGAGCGAGGAGAUGGAGGUGACUACGGACCAACCCCGCUGGGUCAGUCACCAUCACCCGGCAGUUCUUAAUGGCCAGCACCCGGACACUCACCACCCGGGGCUUAGCCACUCUUACAUGGACCCCUCGCAGUACCCUCUGCCAGAGGAAGUGGAUGUACUUUUUAACAUCGACGGACAAGCCAACCACGUCCCACCUUACUACGGAAACUCUGUUAGGGCCACAGUACAGAGAUAUCCUCCGACCCAUCAUGGGAGCCAAGUUUGCCGCCCUCCUCUUCUCCAUGGAUCUCUGCCCUGGCUGGAUGGUGGCAAGGCCCUGGGGAGCCACCACAGUGCUUCGCCCUGGAACCUCAGCCCCUUUUCCAAGACCUCCAUCCACCACGGCUCCCCAGGACCCCUCUCAGUCUACCCGCCGGCCUCAUCUUCUUCACUGUCCGGCGGUCACUCUAGCCCGCACCUCUUCACCUUCCCGCCUACCCCUCCUAAGGAUGUUUCCCCGGACCCAUCCCUUUCCACACCAGGCUCAGCCGGUUCAGCUCGACAGGAUGAGAAGGAGUGCAUUAAAUACCAGGUGUCCCUUCCUGACACCAUGAAGCUGGAGUCGUCUCACUCCCGGGGCAGCAUGGCUACGCUUGGGGGAGCCUCCUCCUCUGCCCAUCAUCCCAUCACCACUUAUCCUCCCUACGUCCCCGAAUAUAGCUCUGGACUCUUCCCUCCUAGUAGCCUGCUGGGGGGAUCGCCUACAGGGUUCGGAUGUAAGUCGAGGCCAAAAGCAAGAUCCAGCACAGAAGGCAGGGAGUGUGUAAACUGUGGGGCGACCUCAACCCCAUUAUGGAGGAGAGAUGGAACUGGUCACUACCUGUGUAAUGCCUGUGGACUCUACCACAAAAUGAAUGGACAGAACCGACCCCUCAUUAAGCCCAAGCGAAGGCUGUCUGCAGCCAGGAGAGCGGGUACGUCCUGUGCAAACUGUCAGACCACUACUACUACCCUGUGGAGAAGAAAUGCCAAUGGAGAUCCUGUGUGUAAUGCCUGUGGGCUCUACUACAAGCUGCACAAUAUUAACAGACCCCUGACUAUGAAGAAGGAAGGCAUCCAGACCAGAAACCGAAAAAUGUCUAGCAAAUCCAAAAAAUGCAAAAAGGUUCACGACAGCCUGGAGGACUUCCCCAAGAGCAGCUCGUUUAAUCCGGCCGCCCUCUCCAGACACAUGUCUUCUCUCAGUCAUAUUUCACCUUUUAGCCACUCCAGUCACAUGCUGACUACUCCAACACCGAUGCACCCACCAUCCAGCCUCUCUUUCGGACCUCACCACCCUUCCAGCAUGGUCACUGCCAUGGGUUAGACUUCCCUGUUCAAUGCUUAAAGGUCUCAAAGUGAGAUUUUUCCCCUCCCUCCCCUUUAUACUUGCAUUUUUGCAGGAGCAGUAUCAUGAAGCCUAAAAAUGAUGGAGAUAUGUUAUUUGAAGGCAGAAAGCAAAAGUGAUGUUUUGCCACUUUUAAAAGGAGCUCACUGUGGUGUCUAUGUUCUCAACCACUGAAGCUGGAUCCCAUUUGUGAAUAAGCCAUUCAGACUCAUAUUCCCUAUUUAACAGGGUCUCUAGUGCUGUGAAAAAAAAAAUGCUGAACAUUGCAUAUAACUUAUAUUGUAAGAAAUACUGUACAUUUGAGGAAGACUUUAUUGCAUCUGGGUAGCUGUAAGAAGGGCAUGAAGGACACCGAGAAAUAUAAAGAAUAUGGGGAGGAAAAAAAAAAGUUCGGAAGUAAGAAGAAACUAGGUCUAAUACUCACACGGACAAACCUCCGGUUGUGUUUUCUCUCCGUGGCCGCGGUUGUUUGAUUCGAUUAAAAACCGAGGCGUAGGCAGAUGAUUCCUUCGAGGCUGCGGGCCUCUGGGUAGGAAGGAAGAAACACAAUCAGUUCCCGGCAAUCAGUGUUACCAUUCCGAUAUUGCCACCGAGGGUUUUCAGAUAGCCAUUCUCCAGACCUAUAUGCAUUGUGAACAAGUCCCUGUAAUUGUUGUUUGUAUGUAUAAUUCAAAGUACCAAAAUAAGAAGAGAUGUAGAUUUAUUUCAUCCUAUUAUACAGACUGAAUUGUUGUAUAAAUUUAUUUACUGCUAGUGUUAAGAACUGCUUUUCUUUGUUUUAAUAUUUUUUUUCCCCUCUCUCUCUUUUUUUUUUUUUUGGUUGAAUAAACUAGAUGACAUUCGGUUGACCUAAGGUGGUUGUGCUCUAGAGGGUUUAUUUUCCAUUUUGUUUUUUGAUGAUAUUUAUUAAAUAGCUUCCAUGGGUACAGCGGCAUCUGUCUUUUCACUCGCUCCUCCUGCGGCCUGCGCUAAUGUGGGUAGCAGGGUAGGAGCUACCAACGUGCAUGUUAGCAACCCAGGCCUUAAUUGGCCCAAGUCCUUCUGAGAGCAGCCUGGCUGAUUUAUUAGAUCCCUUUGUGUUCUGUGCUAGUUGUCACUGCCUUAAUACAGUCUGUUGGGAAAAAAAAAGCUGCAACAUUUAAAGAAACCACGAGAUAACAUGUCAUCGAAGCGAUGGCCAAGCUCUCCUAGAAUGUGGUAGUUGUAGCUUAUUUAAAUAUAUGAAGCUUUUUGAAAAAGAAAAAAAGGAAAAAAAAAAAAAAAGAAAUGUAAGUCAGAUCCACAAGGAGCUCGUUUGAACCCUCCACACUGAUGAUCUAUUCCUACGGGGGAAUCGUUUGGUUGGAUGUGGGGGUCUGAGUUUGUCCCAGAAGAGUUAAUUUUGUGGUUGAGGCAACUCUUAGGGCUAUCGUACCCACCAAGCUUGAGUUCCCUCGACUUGCUCAGUGUGUUGUUUUUUUAUUUUUUUCUUUUGUUUUUUGUUUUUUAGUCCCUGUGGGACCUGGGGAGGCAAAGUUCCCACAGGAGAAAAUGGGACCUUUCCCUGCCCGAAACCCACAGGAUGAGACUCUGCAGCAGAUGUGGUAAUGUUUAAGAUGUAAAUGAACUGGGCUGGCUCUUGGGUUUCAUUUCUGUUUUGCUUUUCUACUGUUGAAUGGAAUAACACCGCAGUGAAGGAUUUAUUGGAAUGUUUGCGAGACAUGAAAUAAGCAUUUUGUAACGCUGUAUAUUUCCCUUUUACUCUGUUGACAGAAUGUGUAACUAUGGUGCACAUUUAAAAAUCUAUGUUAAUCACCUCUCUGCUUUCUUAAAUAUUUUAAACCGAAAAGUCAAUGUUGAAAUAAAGGAGUAGAGAAUUGCUGAGAUGCAAAAGGAGAUCUCACUGGCUCCUAAUUGACCAUCUACAAUGUUGUUUUCCAUUACUUUUGAAGCACCAAAGGAAUAAUCUCACCUUUUGCCAUAUUAAACUUGGUAAAUUUUGUCAUAGUCACAAUGUCUCAGGACUUGCCACCUCUUUUCUUCAUGAGUAGAUUGGAGUAAAUGCCCUUUCACCUUGAGAACAGGGAGUUCAAAUUCUUUACAUUCUUUGAAAAAAAAAAACAACCCAACACAGCAACACCCCAACAACUGAGUCUUAAAUAAUGGAGCUGUAAUAGACACAUUUGACCAUAUUCCUUCCUCAGAGAAAUGUCAUUUCAUCGUUCUGUAUAUUGUGUUAACAUGCUAAGGUGUUUCUAGAUAAUGCAAAGGGUUUUUUAAAAAAAAUAUAAAGUUCAUGGUGACGAUGAGUCAGCUUAUUCUUUAGAAUAUUAUCUUACAUUUUCACGUUUUCAGUUUUUCUGUUUUUGAUAACGCACCUCAGAGAGCAAUACUAGAGAGGGGUUUAAUCCAGAAAAAAAAAAAAAGCCAGACUACGUGCUGUUGACCAAUGUAUUGCUACAAUAUUUCUGAGUAAACUGUAUCCCUAAUUAA